AUGGCUCGCACUGACCCCCGCAUUAAGGCCAUUGUCGACGGCCUUCUCCCUCGAUGUGACGUCUUGCUGUUUUCAUUGAUAACAUGCUCGGUGCAACUGGAGCAGUGUCACCUCAUUGUGGCCAGCUACGGUGUGACCAAUACUGAGAACCUUGGGGUGCUCUUCGAGAUUUGUCGCACUACUCCAAUGUGUGGGCACCAUCUCAAAAGGCUUCGAGCACAAAUGACAUGGGGUAAUAUGGCCCAGUGCCAUAAGGAUGUUGCUGCUCUCUGUCUGCCCCCUGUACUAGGCGACGCGGGCUAUUUGCGCUCUGAUGAACCUCAAUCCGAGGCCAUGCCACUGCCCACCAGUCCUAUGAUCAACACCAGCUUGCCUCCAAGCAGCCUGCCCUCGAGCAGCCCACUCUCGAGUUCUCCUAGCACCUCACCAGUUUUUUGCCGCCGCGGUCGCCCUCUCUUGAAUUCUGCCACUGUGUCGGUGCUCAUGGUGUGCAAGGGUUCAGAUAUUCCUCUCAUUAUUCCCACAUGGGGAAUAUGGCAUGAGGACUAUCUUGAAUUCAAGUUCAAGCAGUCCUUCAUCGAGACAGUGCUUAUCGAUGACUCCCAAGGCUUAUCGCCAUACCAGCGGUACUGCCCUCAUUUGAAGAAGUUUGUCGACUAUCCAAAGCACACGGAUAAGCAGUAUUUACUUCUGGGUGACACUCCUGUUUACCGCAAAAAGGGCAGCACUUGGAAUACGAGCGCUGCUCAGAUUGCUAACAUACAGGUUUCGGCAACUGCGCAUCUGCCUGUGCUCAUGGCCGCUAUCAAAACAUUUGCGAAGAACGUUCUCACCACCCCAUCCUCAUCUUCCGGUGGAUCUCAGAGCAUGCUUUCGACGCCUUCGACGCCCUCAUUCAGCCCAGUUUGCGAUGCUGCUAGCAGUUCAAGCUCGAGCAGAUGCGUGGCCAAGCGUUCACUGUCACCCGAUGUGAGGACGGAGGGUAGAAAAUUCAGACGGAUGGAUAAGGGGAAGGCGCAUGAGGUGAUAGAGUGUGACAUUGAGCUUACAGACAAUGAGGUGGAAGCAGAGAUCAUACCUAAUGACGAUGUCCCGGGUGAGAGCAUCGAGAUUGUGGAUGGCAAGGAAUAUUACUACAUUAUGUAG